AUGUUCGUGGAGGUUCAGGGAAGGCUGUGCACUCUUCGUGUGACUCGUCUCCGCGUGUGUGGUUCCCUGGGCGACUCCGGGGGGAGCGGCGCGGGGAGUGCGGGCGCCGGGGCUGUCACCCUCGCAGCCAGGAUGCACAGCAGCAAGCGCACCCUCCGCUCCAACGACAUCACAGUACCACCCAUGGACGUAGAGCUGGAUCUCUGCUUCACGCUACAGUAUCCGCAUUUCGUUAAACGAGAUGGGAACAGAUUGCAAAUAAUGCUUCAGAGGCGCAAGAAAUAUAAGAAUCGCACGAUACUCGGCUACAAGACUCUAGCUGAAGGUGUCAUUAGGAUGGAUCAGGUGCUGCAACGUUCGAUGGAUAUGGAACUAGAGUUGACCAGCGUGGGCGGGAAGGUGGGCGCUGGUGGGCAGCCCGUGGCCAGGCUCACCAUCACCGGCCUCGCCUCCACACCGGUUGAUCACGACACCAAGAACAACAACACGCUGCUCAUCACUGAGCGUGGUUACUCCGACGAAGAGGAGGAAGGGGAAUUCAGUUCGGUGGAUGAAGCUGAUGACAUGACGUACGGAGGAGCAGCGGGCAGAAGGACGCACAGGCAGCUGGCCUUCAAACAAGGAGACCUCUCAUAUACUAAGCUAUCACGCUCGAGAGAGCUAAGCUUCAGGGAGCGAGAGAGAAAGAUACAGAGCUAUAUAAGGUCCAAGGAGCAAGAGAGAGACAGCGAUAGUGAGGUGGAGACCACCAGCAAGAGAAAGGCCAGUAGCGGCAAGCUCGCGCAAAGGAAUCUGAAGCAGAAGUUCGCAGCGUUGUUGAGGAGGUUCCGUGUGCCGGAGGAAUUGGCGGACCGAGGAGCGACCCGGGACACGCAUCACGCGCAGAGAGAUAUAGAUGAACUGUUCCAGGAGCUGGAAUCCCUAUCGUGCGGCGAGGGCGAGGACUCCGGGCCGGAUCAAAUGGACACCAUCAGUAUCGGCUCCACGCCCAAACCCUCGCUGCGGCCUUUCUUCAGCAGUUCCAGGAGCCUCGCCAACCAGGAACAUCACAGACAUUCCAACGUGACGCGCCACGCGAGCCUGGCCGCCGGGGAGCUGCGGCCGCGCGACAGACUCGCCUCCGCGCCGCUCACAGAGUCAGAGGCUGUACGUAGUUCAGCGGGUGACGAGCGAGCCAGUGAAGGGAACAGUGAUGGAGACGUGACGUUGGACGCGCCUGUGUCUGGAGCAUCUGUGUCCAGCUCGCCGCCUAAUGAGACUAAGUCGUCGGAGGACAAGCGUUCCCGUCUGUUCCGUAGCGCGACUAGUGGCGGUAACCUGACGCCGGCCGUGUCGUCGCGCAAGAAGAACUCCCUCGUGAUACACACGGACCGGCCGCUCAGCGCGCACGACCUGCCCUCACACAGCCCCACCACCCUAGAGCCACGUCGCACUCUACUAGAGCAAGUGUCACGCAUAUUGGGUGAGGAGGGUCCAGGCCCGGAAUGUGUAGCGGUGGCGCCCCCGGGCCUGGUGCGAGCCCUACAUGCGCUCGGCGUGCCCACGGUGCCUUCGCCCCCGGCCGCCGUGCCCGACGCUAGGCCUCUCCUCCAGGCGUUGCUCGCGCGGGCCGCUAAACAAGGAGUCCGGCGUGUGAUUCGCGUGGUGGUGUGUGGAGGAGAGGCGGCGGCGGCAGCAGCGCUUAGGGCGCACGCCGAGCUCGCCGCACGGAGACACGAUGCGCCGCUCCUCAGAUACUACAUUAUACCUACAGGUGUGAACACAGUGUCUCGCUGGGUGGGCGCCAUGGACAGCACGUACGCCGGUUUAUUCUGUAACGAGUCGUGGAGCGCGCUCUGUGAACGAGCACAGGACGCGUGUAUGGCUGACGUGGCUGAGAUGAGCUCUAGAAUGGCCAGGUAUAUAAAUAGCAUCGGGCCUGUGAACAACAUACCGAUAGGAGAGGCGAUGGUCGCCUACAGGGAGAGGUCUGGCGAUGAGGACUCCAGUCAGACCUUCGUGCCCUUUAUAGCGGAGGUGCGUGUCGGUUGCGGCGAGGGCGGUCCAUCAUCUCUAGAGCUAGACGAAGGAGGCUCACCUCCCGCUAGGCCUUCGCCCCCCGCCACGCCGGCCCCGGCCCCCGCCCCGGACCUCGCGCCGCCGCUCGCCUUCGCACGGACCGAGCCCUUGGAACUACAACUGGAUUACUGGCUGGUUGGCGCUAGAUGUUCAGAGGGCAGCGCGGCGGGCGCGGGGCAGGAGGGGGGGAAGGUGACGCUCAAGGCGACCUUUAGAGCUCUGCUGGUCACCAGGCACAACCACCACCUGUGUAUCACGUACCUCACCAAGGAGAAGAAACAAAAAAUCAUGCGCCUGGGAAAGAAAAAGGAGAAAUCCGGUGAGGCUGAAGGAGGACGCGCUCACACCGUGGAGGGAGUCGCUAGGCUGAUCUGCUCCGCCAAGGGGUCACACAACGCGCCCCUUAAAGUGUACAUAGACGGCACGGAGUGGAACGGCGUGAAGUUCUUCCAGCUGUCGACCCAGUGGCAGACGCACGUCAAGACCUUCCCCGUGGCCACGUGCGGGGCUCCGCUGGCGCCCUCGGACUCCUAA